GUGUCAGCGGGUCUCGGAGCUGAGGGACGGCGCGGCUCGGCCGGCGGGGAGGCCCGGUCCAGGUGAGCGCUGGCCGGGGAGGAGGGACCCGGUGCGGGGAGGCUUGUUCCGGAUUCCCAGAGGGAGGGCCGAGCUUGAAGGCCACACCUGGAGAGUGUCCCCAGGCCGGGCCCUUGCGGGCCCCAGGCAGCACCCCAGGCUUCACUUGGUGAGGUGCCCAGGGUCUGCUGUGUGCACUGUGCCGAGUGCCACCUUGCUCCGGGGCAACGGCUCUGAGGCGAUGAUCCGCUAGGAGGCCCGUGGGGCAGUGAGGAGGAUGAGCGGCGAGGAAGAGUUCUUUGAUGCUGUCACCGGCUUCGACUCUGACCGCUCGUCUGGGGAAUUUUCAGAGCCCAGUCAAAAAGGCUCUGGGAUAGCUGAGCUGGACUCUGGCGAAGACCACAGGCCUGGGAAGGAAGGGAAGAGACUGUCUCAGGAGAAUGGGAUUGAGACACACAGGACCUGCCUGCCCGCCCCGAUGUUCACGCGGAGUGACUUCAGCGUGUGGAGCAUCCUGAAGAAGUGCAUCGGCCUGGAGCUGUCGAAGAUCACCAUGCCAAUCGCCUUCAACGAGCCUCUGAGCUUUCUGCAGCGCAUCACCGAGUACAUGGAACACGUGUUCCUUGUGCACCGUGCCUCCGGCCAGGCCCAGCCCCUGGACAGGAUGCAGUCUGUGGCUGCAUUUGCCGUGUCCGCCGUGGCUUCGCAGUGGGAGAGGACGGGCAAACCAUUCAACCCGCUCUUGGGAGAAACGUAUGAGCUCAUCAGGGAGGAUCUCGGAUUCAGGUUUAUAUCUGAGCAGGUUAGCCACCACCCCCCUGUCAGCGCCUUCUACUCGGAAGGUCUCCAUGAGGACUUUGUGUUUCAUGGCUCCAUCUACCCAAAGCUGCGGUUCUGGGGGAAGAGCGUGGAGGCUGAGCCGCGUGGGACAAUCACGCUGGAGCUCCUCAAACAUAAGGAAGCCUACACCUGGACCAACCCCACCUGCUGUGUGCACAAUGUCAUCAUUGGCAAGCUGUGGCUCGAGCAGUACGGGACAGUGGAGAUCUUAAACCACAGAACAGGGGAUAAAUGCGUGCUGCAUUUCAGGCCCUGUGGGCUGUUUGGGAAGGAGCUUCACAAAGUGGAAGGGUACAUCCAGGACAAGAGCAAGAAGAAGCUCUUUGUGAUCUACGGCAAGUGGACCGAGUGUCUGUGGGGCAUCGACGUGGCCUCGUACGAGUCCUUCCGGAAGCAGGAGCGCAGAGACGACCCCGUAAGGAAGGGCAGGCUGGGUGACGGCCCUGGGAAGGCCAGCAGCGACGAGGACGAAGUGCCUGUGGUCCAGGAGACGGUGCAGGUCAUUCCUGGCAGCACGCUGCUCUGGAGGGUCAACGCGCGGCCUCCCAACUCUGCCCAGAUGUACAACUUCACCAGCUUCACCGUGAGCCUCAAUGAGCUGCCGAGCGGCAUGGAGAAGGCCCUGCCCCCCACAGACUGCCGCCUGCGCCCUGACAUUCGCGGCAUGGAGAAUGGCAACAUGGAUCUGGCCAGCCAAGAGAAGGAGAGGCUGGAAGAGAAGCAGAGAGAGGCCCGGAGGAAGCGUGCCAAGGAGGACGCCGAGUGGCGGACAAGGUGGUUCUUCCCAGGCACCAACCCCUACACGGGGACGCCUGACUGGCUCUAUGCAGGGGACUACUUUGAGCGGAAUUUCGUCGACUGCCCAGACAUCUACUGAGAGGCCGGGUGCCCCUGAGGACGGCCACCGCAAAGCCACUCUGAGCUUUGGGCGGGAGCCAGCUGCUUGAGCCCCAGGUUGGCGUCACCCUUUCAGGAUCUGUUUCUCAUGAACUAUCAGUUGCCAAACCCUCCACAGCCCGUCUGCCGCCUCCACGUCCUUGGCCUGGCUGCAGAGAUGGCGCA